CGUAUAACUCUCAACUGCAUCGAUUGCAUCCGAGACCGCUUGCAACUAUCAGUUUCUCUCCCUACCGCAGGACGAACAAGCGCAGUAUUGAAGCCGUAACCCAGUAUUCAACUCUAUAAAGGUAGAUACCCACUCCGAUUCCCAUCCUGGUGAUGUUUCUCGGGGCUAUAAUCCGAAGGCUGAGAGAACGUGUGCUGGAGAGGCGGAGGGGAUGGAUGCUUAUCCGGCUCUCCCUCGUAUCCGCAGAUCUUUCGCCAUUAUAUUGCGCUUAUAACACGCUAUUCCAACCGAGUGUUGAUUACAGUGUUUGGUGUUCAUUGUUUAACAUCGAACUGCUGCGUCCCAUCCUUUCCUGUCCUUUUGGGGCUGACUUACGAUGCCCCUGUCGCAGAUUCUAUAGAGAUUCGUUCCCACAACUCGAGGAUGCAGGGAAGAAUCAAGAUGAACAUACAUCGCGACACUCGAAAUGCGGAUUUUCAUCUCGUUCGGGCCAUUCUCUUUCUUUCCUCGGGUUUCUUUUGCGAACGAUUUCGUUGAGAACGAGAACGGCUGACCAGAUUUGGAAGCUCGUUCGACUGGGUCGUCUGGAAGCGUACCACCUCCAGCACUCCUCCAAAUGUCGUACCAGUCUCUUCACGUUGCCUACUGCAUAUUACAGAGGAUAGUGCACCCGGGUUACUAAUACUCAAAGCUAUUAGUGCCCGUGCUUCACUCUUCCUUGCACGGCGGUCUUGUACCUCCAGUUCGAGUGCUACAUGCAACCAUGACAUCCACUCGCAUGCUGACAAGUGUCGAUGCUUGUAAGUGUACUCCCGCCCGCCAACAGGGUACGCAG